UCGUUGUCAAGAGUGGAUCGAAUGAAUUUUUCUCUGACAGUCUCAAAAAAGCUGUUCUGUGUUGUAUGUUGUACUUCGUAAGUCAGUCACAUUGAAUCGCUCAGACAGUUUUGAAUGUUAAUUAUCACGUUUAAAUCAGUGGAUUUUUACUUUUUUACACAAAUAUAAUUUUUUUUAUUCAUCAUUAAAUACAGCUUUGGAGAAGCAAUACAUAAAUAAUACUUUAUAAGAGAAUCUGUGGAACGUGUAUUAUAUAAAAUAAUAAGAAAUCAAGUGCUGUGUUGUGAAAUAUUUACUGAGAAAAAAAGAAGAUAAUUAAUUUCUCAAAAAAAUAGAUAAAAGAAAAAGAAGUGAAAAAAGAAAAAAAUAUUUUUGAAGCAGAAAAACAAAAACUCGAGACACGCAAACUUUCUCAAGUGGUGAAAGGAACGGCAUCCGAAGGAACAGAAACGAGUGGAAAGAAGGAUUAAAGAAGGCAAACGAUAUCUAACAAUGGGAAAACUUUUGAGCAGUCUGCAGCUGCAGACAUUUUUAAUAUUGUGGAUAAUCUACAUUGUGAAUGGAGCACCGUAUUCAAAAUAUGGUAGAACGUGCAAAGAUAUUGGAUGUUUGCCACGUGAAACUUGUGUGAUGUCAUAUGAUACCUGCUCAUUUAAUCAACAAGAAGGAACAAAUUGUGGUCGCUAUCCGACGUGCCAGAAGAGAACAGAUAUGCAAACGCCACAACAAAAUACAAAUACAGGUCCGAUAUUAUUGAAUCCAUCACCUGAUAACACACGUAAUUCAAAACCAGACUAUGUGGCAGCACGUGAUCCAAUAAAUCCUAAUAAUGUCUUCGGCUGGCCAAGCAAUCCAAACAUUUAUCCACAAAUGCCUGCACCCCAAAUUCCUUUAGAUAUCCCACGACUUCCUGACAAUCGUCAACCUUUCCCGGCCAUGCCAAAUCCAAAUGGUGGACUGGUUUAUAAUAAUCCUCCUUAUCAUCCUGACUUAACACCACCACCUAAUAUUGGAUUUGAUUUUCGCUUUCCCCGAACAACUGCUAAUCCCAAAUUUAUUGAUAAAUUCUUCAACAGCAAACAACAGCGAAACUCAUCAACAAUCAACAAUGCAAAUCUCAAUCUAACGCUUCUCGGCUCAUUAUUUUUGUUAAUUUAUAGCAUUAGCAAUAAUUUCAAAUGCUAAAUUGAGUUUGAAUUUUCCCUUUUUUUUUUCGUUUAUGAAACGAAAAAUAAUAAUAUUAUUUUUGAUACAUUUUAGUGAAUCGAAAUGAAUAAAAAGAGAAAAAAAAAAUUUAAAUUCAGAAAGGGGUUGUUCGUAAAUGAUGUCUUUUUUUCAUUUUAAAGUUUUAGACCUCAUCUUUUAUAUUUUUCCCAAAAAAUUAAUAUACAUCCCUUUUAAAUUGAAGACGUCAUUAAUGAAUAGCUCCACAAUAGUAGAGAUGUAAGGGUUGGAUGAUAAUCAUCAUCGCAUUUAAAGUCAAAGACUUGAAAAAUCAUUUCUACCCAUUUUUAAAGAAAGAAUAGAAAAUUGUAAUAAAACGUUAUGAGAGCCAUAAUUUUUUUUUAUCUUUUCCUUUGAUAUCUGAUAUCUGAAUUCGAUUAUGAUUGUAUUAAAUGAGUAUGAAUAUAUAAUAUUGUACAUAAUGAUGGAAUAAAGAGAAAAAGGUUUAAAAAAAAUAAUAACAAUUUAUUUGUAAGGGUCUGAUGUUUUGAUAAUAAAAUAACUUAAUAAACCGUGGCAUGGUUGAGCAACUUAAAUAUUAGCCUCAUGACUGUCAUGUAGCUUAAUAAAGGUGGUCAUUUAUGAAUUUUUUUUCAUCCAUGUGACUAAUGUUGCCCAAAUAAUGUCGUACAGAUGUUUUUUAUGGGCAAUUUUGAAUGGUUUUGACAGAUAUGAGCAUUUUAUCUGGUGUUGGGAUCAUAAAAUAUCCAACUUACCAAAAGUAUCAAAAUUGAUGUCGUUAAAAUAUUUAUGGCAAUUUAACUUACCUAUUUUGCGGAUUUACAAGUCGGAAUGAGAUUUAAUUUGUAUGCUUAAUCACUUUUUAAAUUGAAUUGAUUUUUCACUUAACAACGGUUUUAUAAGAUUCAAAUUUCUGAAUCACUGUUAAUCACUUUUAAAUAUGGUUGCGAUACAGGCACCUGAACAUAGAUGAGAUACGUACAAUUGCUUAAUAAUUUAUAAGGUUUUCAAAUAAAACUAUGCAAAUUCUAAUAAAACCUCUUAAAUGAUCAAAAAAUCGUACGGUUCUCACCUUUGCACAUGUUCACUUCUCAAAAUUGUCACAACUUAACUUCAUGUCAUUUUACCAAUUAUUUUUCACUUCAACUUUUUAUUUUAUACCGACAGGUUAAUAUCAAAAUUAUUGUCAUUUUUGUUCCGCCUUAAAUCAAGGAUUAUAUAUUAUUAUUACAGUACUGCAUUGCAACCUGCUUUUAAAUUAAGUUUAAACAAAACCAUCAAUAUUUAAUGUAUUAAAUGAAAAGCACUCACUCAACUGACUGUCAAACACUUUGAAAGAAUUUUACAAUAUUAACUCGAUCGGAAAAUUCUUUACAAAUUGAUUACUUUGAUUAAAAAGUUUCUUUAAAGGAAAAGUUUCAAUAAUUUACAGUAAUUUCAUUCUAUCCUUCUAAAUUGAUUAACAGCAAUAAAGAUCUGGUUGAUUAAAGAGUUAUUCAAUUCAAUAAGCAUUAAAAAUUCAAACCAAAUCCUAAAGAAUUCCAGAAAAAUAGUUGUAAAUCCGUAAAAGCAAUCAAAAUCGAUAAAAUCUCAUCUGAUUCCCCAUUUUCAAAGCCUUUUGUCGCGAUUUUUCAUUCCACACAUGCUUAAAAUGUCGCACCCUUGAGUUUUACCUGUUUUUAUUUAUGUUGAAAAUCUCAAAUGCAUAACUUUUCUAGCAUAAAAACGGAAGCAAAAAAAUCUAAUUAUUUUAUAUCUACGAUAACAGAAAAAAAAUGUGAAAAGCAUAAAAUUUAUCGAUUAAAAAUUCUAUUCAGACAUUGAAAACUAAUCACAUGAUAAAAACAAAAAAGAGAAAAAAAGUUAAAACUAUUCUUGAACUGGAAGGAAAAUUGUUUUUUGAUUGAUUUUUCAAUUAACUCGAAGAGAGAAAAAAAAGAAUCGUUACAGUUGUGCUGUACGUUGCUCUCAUCACGAGGAAAAUAUCUCGUUAAACGCAUUAAGCAUAACAAAAAUCGUCUAAUCGUUUUUCUACAGAAGAGGCAAAAUUGAAUGUAAAAAAAAAGUGAAAAUUUUUCCUCAGCUUGUCAUGUAUGUGAGUAAGAGCAUGGAAUGUUUCGGAAACUCUAAGUUCCGGUCAAUGACAAAAACAAGAAAUGGAAGGAAAAAAAGUUUUUCGGGAGGGAGAAAAUUUUACGAGCUUUUUUUUAGACCGCAUUUUAGUUUAUGUGGCAGAAAAAGAAUUUUUCUUGGUUGUUAUGGAGAGGAAAAAUAGAAUUCAUUAACAGCAAUCUCGUUUCUCUUAUUCGAUGAGCCUGAGAUAUGAAGUAGAUAAAUAUAUGUAUACAUACGGAAGAGAGAAAAAAAAUCGUGCUGAUGAUUUAUCGCAAAAAUUUUAUACGAAAAACUGCAAAAGCGAAUUUUAUUUUUACGAUGGGCAUUUUCUUGUCGAUUGCUGGAUAUUUCCAGAUAUCUCUUUAAUGUAAACGCACAUUCAAUGCCUCAACCUACUAAAUGGCAUUUUUUUCUGUAAGAUUUACUCGCCUGUGGAUAAUUUAAUUAAUCACUCGUGUUUUAUCCAUAAGUUAAAUUAAUCAUUUAUAUUUUUUAUUACAUUGUGAUGAAAAAAAUGAUUGCACGUUUCCGUCCUCAGUGCGAUAGCAAUUUAUUUUCCUUUAUAUUAUUUCCACCACCCUCAACCAAAUAAUCCUCUUUCUAGUUAUUGUGUUAGCCAAACAAAACUCUAAGUCUCCAACUACUAUUUCCACUAAGACCCUUAUUAUGGCAGAAAAUGAGAGCACAAGUAUAUACAAACAACAGUUUUGCUUCCAAUCCAUAAUUCACAAUCACAAUCAAACACAUAAAAAAUGAAAAUCCACGCUCGGUUUCAUGUGGAUUCCAAAAUAAAACAGAAAAUAAAAAUAUAAAAUAUAGGAAGAAAAAUCUCUUUUUGAAAAGAGAGUUAUAAGGAUGUUCAUAAAUUUGUGAGAUAUAUUGAAUAACAAGUAAUAAAGUAUCCCAAGUGGAUGAAAAUGGCGCAUUUUUGCUGUAUUGAUGGUCAAUAAUCUGACUGAACGUUAAGUUGUUUUAAGAACUUGAAACAAUAUAAAUGUUUUAACUGUUGAAUGGUUCAAACAGUUUCAAGAUAUUUGAAAACCUUCUAAAACUUGAAAAAAACCUUUCGACAGCUUCAAAAUCGUCUAAACAUUUGUAAGGUUUCAAUAAACUUCAAAAAAUCUGUUAAAAUCAAACAAGAACUUUGUAAAAAUUAGUCAAAAUUUAUACGAUUUUAUAAACUAGAAGUAAACUUUAAGGCUAAAGCCAAACUUAAUCCAAAGCAUAAAUAAAAUUCGAUACACCAAAAAAACUCAUCUAUUCAUUCAUUCAGAAAAUAAUACACGCUUAUAACUUAGCAAAAAUGCGCUAAUAAGAGAAUCACGAAAGCAGUAAGAAGAAGAAGCGAUAAUUAAAUUAGUUGAUAAGAGUAAGAUGAAGCAAAAAAGAGUAUGAUUGAAUGCUGACAAGAAAAUGAGAUAUGCAAUGUCGAUCGAUAUUAAGGAAAAAAAAAUGAAAUGUAAAUAAUCUAAAUUGGUGCUUAGGUUUAACUAAACAAAAUGAAAGAAAACUUAAGAGAAUACACACAGAAUAAGACGAGAAAAAAGCAGUAGCAGCAAAAUGACAUGGAAAUCUUUUAAGACCGUUGUUAUUCUAUUGACUUUUAUUUAUUCAUUUUAUUCUUUAUGUGUUUUUAUUUUUCUCGUCUUGUUCAUAAAAAUUGUAUAAUAAAUAUCAACCCGAGCGACACUCCGUGAGACAUCAGUGACAUUUAAUAAGACAGAAUUUUAAUUAAAAUAUUUCACUUUUAAAACUUAAUUUUGUUGCACCACAGUUGUGUGACAGUUGCAAGACAUAAAUGAAUCUCACAUUGUGGAAGCAACAAAUGUACACUGAGUAAAAAUGUGGUGCAACUGUUGUAUGACAAGUUAUAAUAUCUAAUUAAAUUGUUGUGUGACAGUUGCGCAACAGUUGUUCAUAAAAAUUAUCAAUUAAAUCAAGAAAUUUUAUUUAAUUUGUAUAUAUUAAAGCUUUAUGAGUAGCAAUAAUAUUAAAGACUCAUUUUAUGAGAUAAAUAGUUGAAACUUAAAAUGAAUGAGAAGCAACUGUCAUGAAAAAGCGGAAACGUCGCUCGGGAAGCACAGAAAAUUAACAUGAGAUAUUGAAUUUUGUAAGUGUGAAAUUCUCUAUUGUCUCAUCAUUUUAAGGAUGAGGAAGUGAAUGUUGAUUGAAAUAAUACUAAAAAGAAUACAUAGAUUGUUAGAAAGGAGAUGAAAUUUUACUAAUCCAAAAGCAUGUAGAAAAUAAUAAUGAACAAUAUUUGGGUUUCAAAUUAACGGAUAUUAAUAUGCCUCCAUUGUUUGGAUCUUAUUUAUUUAUUUGUAUUUUUAUAUUUUAUCUUUGUGGUAGUUAUUUUCUUUAAUUAACUCUUGAAUUUUUUUUCUUUUUUUCCCGCCAAAAUAAUCCUUCCUGAAUAUGUUCUCCUCAUUAAACAAAUAAUUCACAACAUGCUUAAAACUUUUUUAAUACCCAUUAUGAACUGCUUUUUACCGAUUUGUAUACAUAAAUACUUAAAUAAGGUCCAUCAAAUCCUUCACCACCAUCAAAUCCAAAUGAUAAUAUUUGGAAUAUAAAAAUUACCACUACUGAGCGUACCACAACUACUGAGCGAAUGACUACCCGUCCGACCACUACAACAACAAGGUGGACUACCCGUCCUACAACAACUACUACACGACGUUCAUGGACAACAAAAUCACCCUUUUAUAACCCAAGCAAUCCAUCGUAUGGAGGAGGUGGAAGUUAUUUUGGCAAUCGUUAUGGUGAUGAUGAUAUUUUUGGUGGUUCAUCACGAACGUCAACUACAAAACGUCCAUCAAGUUCUGGAUCUGGUUUCUUUUCCGGUCUAUCAAGUUUCCUGUCUGGUGACGUUGGCAAAUUGCUUUCAGAUGCAUUAAAAGGUGGAUCAGGCACUGGUGGUGGAUUUUUCGAUACACGCCCAUUAAUUGAAAAUAAAAAUCGAGGUGGUCUAUUUAGCGAGAAUCCAAGUUCUGGAACUGGAUCUGGAUCGUCAAAUAACUUUAAUGGCUUUCCAGUAACACGUUAUGGAAGUGCAAAUUCUGCUCCAUCUUAUUCACAGCCUACGACAUUAUCACCAACAGCAUCACACGGUAAUUUUGGAUGGAAAUUAUCAUAAAGAAUCCACGCACAUAAUAAGCAUUAAAAAUGAGGGAGCAAAUGUAAUAUGUGUAGAGUAAUGCUCACUUUGUGUAUGAUUUAAUCUCUGAUUGUAUUUUUUUAAUGCUUUUAUACCUUCAAAGAAAUUCUCGUAUAUUAUCUAAGCUGACUGUCUCUAAUCCCCCCAGAACACCCAUUACCCCUUCCAAAAUUUUACUUUAUAUAAUUUUUUUUUUAAAUAUUUUCAUGCGACUUUUUUUUUCCUUAUUUUGUUAAUGUUCAUCAUCUUGUAAGUCUUAAGUAUCUACGAACAAAUUUCAUGCUUAAUCUAGACAAAGUUCUUAAUUAGGACUUUUUUUUUAUUUCCGUUUUGUGAAAAAGUCGAUAUCAAAAAUAAACGAGGAAGCAAAUGAAGAACAAAAAGAAGUGAAAAUAUAAUGUAACAUAUAUACAAAAAUUAUACAUACAUAAAUAUAAUAAUAAUAAUAAUAAUAAUACGAGUUUAAAACAAUGAAAAUGUCUUCAUUUUUUGAAUAAAUUAAAAAACUUUUUUUUUCUCUCCUUUUUUUUACUGUAAAAAACAAGAAAACCAACAUGAAACAGGCUUCUUUCUGUGUACGUUAUUCUGUAACAUUUAAUUAUGUAAAAGUUUUACUGUGGCAUAUUGAAACAAUAAUCAGAUCAUGUUUAUCAAAUGAA